AUGGCAGGGGGAAUUUUCACCCAUCUGGAUAACCUGUGCAGUGUGGACUGUACUAACGUCCACCCCCUGGUGUGUCACCUGUGUCAUGAGCAGUACCAGCACCCGUGUCUCUUGGACUGCUACCACAUCUUCUGUGCCCGCUGCCUGCGUGGUCGGACCAAUGACAGCCGUCUCAGCUGCCCCCUCUGUGGUUGCCCGUCUGUAGUAAAGGGGCCAAACGCCCUCCCACCUGAGGACCGUCUGCUGAAGUUCCUGGUGGACAGCAAUGCAGACGCCGAGGAGACGGUGAAGUGUGCCAACUGCGACCAGGAGAGUAGUAAAAAGGACACUGGUGUGAUGUACUACUGUAACACUUGUAGCCAGCCGUUGUGUGGAGCCUGCAGGGAGUCGACACACAAGGCCAGAAUGUUUUCCCACCAUGAGAUCGUGUCUCUGGCCAAACGCACCAAAGCCAAACACAGAAAGUGCUCUCUCCACGAGGAGCCCUACAUUCUCUUCUCCACAGAGAAGAAGUCGAUGCUUUGCAUCAAGUGCUUCAGAGACAUGCAGGUGGAGAGUCGAACUCAUUGCAUUGAUAUUGAAACAGCUUACGUGCAGGGAUGUGAGAUGCUGGACGAGGCGGUCCUGGCAGUGAAGGAGCUGCAGACUUCAACUCGGGAAGCUAUUGUCCUGCUGAGGGCGAUGAUAGGAGAAGUGUGUCUGAAUGUGGAGGAGGAGGAGAGUGCAAUCUGCACACUUUUCAACAGCCUGCAGGAGAAACUGGCUGAGAGGAAGAAGAUUCUGCUAAAAGCAGCUCAGAGUCAACACGAGGAGAAGGAGAAGGCACUAAAAGAACAGCUCUCACACCUUGCCGCCUUCCUACCAACCCUCCAGGUUCACCUCGUUACCUGCUCGGCUUUCCUCAGCUCGGCUAACAAGUUUGAGUUUUUGGACAUGGGUUACCAACUCAUGGAGCGGCUGAAGAGGAUCGUGAAGCUGCCUCAUCGACUGAGACCGGUGCAGAGCAGCAAAAUCAACACAGACUACCGAAGUGAGUUUGCCCGCUGUCUCGAGCCGUUACUGAUGAUAGGACAGCGCUGCCCUCCUUCUGCCAGCGGCGCCACUAACGUUGCAACUCGGCUCCAGUCCCCUCUUUCCAUGUCGUGCCGCUCUCCGUCUCUCAAUGAAGCGCCCCUGGGCUCGGUGCUGGGGCGGAGGCCCACCUCGCACCGCUACAUCUGCACCAAAGUCCUGCUGGCUGAGGGCGGGGAAACACCCUUCGCUGAGCACUGCAGAAACUACGAGAACACGUACAGAACUCUCCAGACUGAGAUUCAGAAUCUGAAGGACCAGGUGCAGGAGCUGCACCGAGACCUGACCAAGCACCACUCCAUCAUCAACACAGACACCAUGGGCGAGAUCCUGGACCGGUCGCUGCACAUCGACAGCCAGAUCGCCGCCCAGUACUCCACUUUUGAGACCAUGCGGGUGAUGUUUGAAGAGAUCUGGGAAGAGACAUUUCAGAGAGUCACUAAUGAACAGGAGAUCUAUGAAGCCCAGCUCCACGAUCUGCUGCAGCUAAAGCAGGAGAACUCCUACUUAACCACCAUCGCCAGGCAGAUCAGCCCCUACAUCCUGUCCAUCGCCAAGGUCAAAGAGAGACUCGAGCCCAGGUUUCAGGAGCCUAAAGAGCACAAUGAUGACCGCACAGAAACAAUGCUGAAAAUCUAUGAAGACAGCACAAUGGCUAAAGAGAAUCAAGACAGUGACGAGCAGACGUGCGGCGCAGACCCGGACAGGGACAAGAAAAAACGCUCGCUGAUCUUGGAGUCGGAGGAAAGUCCCAUCAAGACCAAUGAUUACCACCGGCCAGGGAGGCCGAGGGGCCUCGCAGAGACAGCCAACAGCAACGAGAUGCCCUCCUAAGCAAUGUCAUUUGAUUUCCAAACCCCCUCCCCUGUCUCCGCCUUCCCCCGCUCCCCUCCCCGUCCCGUACGGCUCCCCGCCUAAGCACCACCACAGCAGGCCUCGGCUGGCAUGUGAUUCCUCGACAGCUCACAUACUGUACGCGCUCACAACAUUUUCUAGGCGGCGGGGAGCUGUCAGCAGCCUCAAGGUGAGAGCCCUUAGCCAAACAAGUCUCCACGGACUCUGCCGGCGUUAAGUGGACAUUCACCGAGUUCAAAGACUCGCCCUUGUUAAAGCCCGAGAUGGACAGCUUCCUUGUUCUAGAAUGGACAAACCGUAUCAAUAUCACGCAUAGUUCCUUUGGUAUUACCCCGAGCCAUGGGCUGCUUUAAUGCCAGAGCAGGAACGGAUUAUAAUCUACUUCCCAGGGAUGCUUUUCAUUGCUUUGUUUUUUAAAAUGAUACAGUAUGCUGAGAGUUUGAAUUGUCACUCACUCUUUUUUUUUUUAUGUCCAUAGCGCUCCUGGAAUUGCUUUUGCAGUAUCUCCAGUCCUCAGCGUAAAAAACAUUUUUGGGGGGGAUGGAGCUGAUGAUGGAUGACUUCCUGGGUCCAAUACCCAGGAGAUCGCUGCACUAGUGUGACAGCAUAAAUGGAACACAACAAAUGCAAUGAUGUGCGUGUCAUUCGGCGUGUCAGUCUAGGUCACAUGCUGGUGUGUGUGUGUGUGCGUGUAUCUUCGUGUGGAUCAUCCGAAGUAUUAAUCUAAAAUGAGGCGGUCUUAUCCACAAUGGCGCCUAUUGUUCUCGCAGUUGCUACAUCUACAUCGAACAGCGGAAAGGGGGAAUUACUUAGCGGAUGUGCAAGGGUAGGAAGGAGUGUGAGGGGAGGGGGGACCAUUGGCAAAGUGUGUGUGUGUGUGUGUGGAUGGGUGGGUGUGUGUGUUGGAGGGAUGCUUUCUUUUUUUUUUGUGCUAUUGAAAUUGUAUUUUAGUUCCAUUACUACAUUUUUGAAGAAUAGCUCACCCUAUUUCACCUCAAGGACAUCUCACAGAACAGAAUUUGCAAGUUAGGAAUAUGACUUUAGCAAGUGCUAUGAAACAGCCUCUGAAAUUCUAUCUUAGCAGUCAUCAUCAACAUGCAUGAUGGUAUAUUCCUAAGUCUAAUAUUCAAGAUGUAUUUUAGAGAUGAAAACCAUUUAAACCAAGAUAUCUGCUCAGCUCUCGUACUGUGAGGCAAAAAUGGACCUGUAACUGUUAAGUAUUAAAGGACCAUACCUGUGAUUCUGCAUGUUUAGUGUGAUAUCUGCAAAAUUAUACUGUCAUUGAAGCAAGCAGUCGUAAUUUAGAGCUCCGAUAUCAUUUUGCUAUCUUUCAUCAAGCCAUCAGAUUCCCUUCAUUCAACUACGACAGGAAAAUAAACUUUGAGAGGCUUCAAACUUUAUUCACAUGAGUAAGGUCGUCCACAUUAGUGUUCCUAAAAGCAGCAGCACUGUUGUGUUCUGAUGAGUUGAAAUUGGGAAAAAAAAGCAGGGAAAAAUCGUCCCUGGGGACUAUUUACUUUGCUUUACACAGCCAAUUACCAGCCCUGUGGUUUAUGAAUGGUGACUUUGUUCGCUGCAGAAUUUGGGUGCAGAAGCAGAACAUUGUAAGGCGGGUGUUUCAACCAAAAAUUCUAAUUCCAAAAUUGAAUGCAAAAUCACUGGCAUGGUCUUUUAAGCUGAGACAUAAAAUACUCCCUACAUCUUGCUCUGUCAUUUUAUUACGUAUUUUGGAGUUGGAAAAUAUUGAUGUUUAAUUAAUGCUCAGAAUCGGGACAAGCAGUUAAACAGCAGUAACUUAAUGACUUGCCUCCUGUCUGUGCUUUUCUUUGGUUGCACCUGCAGUGAGGUGGUCUGUCUCCUGCAGGCACUCAGUAACUGACUCCUGGCUGUUAUUAUGUUCUGACCCAGAGGAUAAAUUAAGAAACGGUGCUUUUAAAGAGAAAUGGGAGAUGUGGCUGUAGUCGCUCUAAGGUAACAUAAGUUCUACAGCCAAGUGUGGACACAGAUGGACAAUAAACCUUUUUUUUUUUUUUUUUUUUCCCAGCAGCCAUUUUGACAUGAAUAGCAGGUAAACCCAGGUGUUACUAAUGACAAUAAUUAAGGCUCUGUUCCAUUGAGGUCUAACAGAGCCAGGCUCCUGCUAUUAUGCAUGUUCGCUACCUGGAAAGGCUCUGCUGCACUUAGAAGAAACAGAACCUUAGUUAAUGUGAUUAUUAAUAACUCUCUAUAUAGACAGGCAGUCAGGCAGGGGAUUAAAUCCUACUUCCACAAUUUGGUAAAUAAUGCUUGUAACUAAUGUUUAGCUUCAUUCCUGCAUCCUUCUGAAAACAUAAUCAUCAAUACUUUCUUUGUUUCCUAUGAUGUUGAUCAUAAGCAACUCAUCACUCCUUGUCAAAUGCAGAUUUUACCCUGCUGGCAUGCCAUGCAAAAGGAGAUGGACAGUGCUCUUCAUUUGAUGUGGUGAAAUCGAUAUCACAAUAAAGAAUCAGCAGUC